AUGCGAGUUUAUGGUCAUCGUAGUAAAUUUCAGGCUUUGGCUAAGAAAUAUCUGAGUCGCAGAAAUGAUGAUGCGAAUUCAACAAGUGACGACAGCUUUACCUCAAGCGAGGAUGAAGCAGAAAGCUCUUCUACAACAUUUGAUAGAACGCAUGAAACCUCGCCAUUGGUUCCAAAACAGAUAGAUCAGCAACAUGGAAACAAUGCUACCUCAUUGGACCCCUUUGAUAUUUUGGAUGAAAUACCUAUAAAGAGCGAUGUUUCCAAAAGCAGAACGAGACAGCGCAAAGUGACAAGAAUAUUGAAGCCAGUUAUUUACGGUAAUUCAGAGCUGGAUAUUACAAAUCAAGAGCCAGCAGGAGAAGCAAAUGAAUACCAGCAUGAGUUUCAGACAACAAUUGAUAGUAUAUCUUCCAUGAUAUCGUCUUUAAAGGAUUCGAACGAAGUAAUUUCUUCAUAUAGUCUCAUUGAAACAGCACCUAAAAAUAGUAGUGGCUCUGGGGAACAAAUCCGCUAUGGAAGGACUAGGACGCUAAGGCAAAGCGAAACUGAUGCUCAAGACGAAGAAGUUGCCGAAACUAAUAAUGUUAAAGUUAAUACCAAGAAACAAAAAACUAUAACUUCUUCUUCCAAUUUACGUGAUGAUGGUGACGAUAAUGCAGUGAUUCACGUCAACCAAUUAAAGGCUCUAGGCGAAGGUCUAAAAUAUGAAGAUGAACUAGACUUUCUACGAAUUGAAGCCAAGGAUGAGGGGCACUUUGUUGCAACUCUCAUCAAUUGCUGCUUACAAUUAAUGAACAACGAAGAACUGGUAUUAUAUGUUAGCAAAUAUAAAGCAGAUGAAUUAUGGGACUGGUUUCUGCAGAAUUCAUCAUUAGAAAACACAGUUAUGUGCUUUUUACAAAGCUGGAUUGCUCACCGCGUACCAUUAUCACGAAAUUCACCCCAAUGGCAGACAGUAUCGGAGUUUGCUAGAGUAUGCGUAUCACUUCAAAGUGUGCCAGAAUUAACAAAAGGGAGUAAGAUAACAAAACUCAAUUUUAGAGAUCUCACAAGACGUAUAGAAAGUAGUCCUAAGGACAUCGCUCUUGCGUUAUGGGAACAAAAUAUUACGCCUAAUAGCAAUGAUUUCAUUACACUUAUAGAAUUAUUAGUCGAGCCUUCUUCACAACUUCUCGGAGUUCUUGAGAAAUAUCUGAAUGAAAAUAUAACAGAGGAAGUAAUGGUUCUCAUGCAUAGCCAGGUAAUGAAUUUGGUCACAGAUUUCAUCGAAAACAUAAAUCUCAUCAAGAUUCUUAUUAAAUUAACAAAUCAUAUUUUCUUCCUAAACCUUUUGUCCAUGAAAGAAAGGGUGCUCAUAAUAGAAAAUUGCCUUUCCUAUAUGAUUCAAGCUUACAAUGCGGGAACAUUGUCAAAGCAAUCCUUCAUUGAUACCUUGAUAUUGCAGCUGGGUGUGGUUUUGAAUAUUGUAGCUCAUUCAAAGGUUGAGUUAUGCCCCUCGAUAGCGAAAGAAGUAUGGGUUAUAAUAGAAAAUUGGGGCGACGGAGAUAAAUUCCUUUUGCAGCUAUUGGCUCUUGUGUUUGUUCUUUACGUGCGCCAUAAUUAUUCUGACUGGACAGAGACGAAAAAAGAGUCAAUCAACAAGAAUUUACAAGACCUUUCUCAAAACAUACAGAACACCAACAAGACCAUAUAUAACAACGUCCAGGUUGCAUUUGAUAUACUCAGCAAUAUAUAA